AUGGCUCAGCGACACUUGUGCCCUUCAAUGGGCGCACUACGCCGUUGUAUUAUGGUUGAUGUACCAAAAUGUUCAUCGAGGGCAUUACACGGCUCUGCGAGGACACUCGAGGAACAGCCCAGCAAAGGAGCUUCGUCUGCUCCUCCCCCUUCAAACACACGCAAAGCCCGCUCCACUACCGCCCUCAAGCAGAUCACUUCACUCCAAAACCGCCGCAUCGUCCCGGGCGCCCUUGCGAAGGGCUCCUUCCCCAGUGGCCAAAUAGCACGCCGAAGCCCUCGCCCGCAGUCAAACCAAACCAACGACUCCGGCUUCAUUCCGGAAGACUCUCAAUCACAUACACAACCAGAAGCUGGCACCCGCAAUGCUCGCUUCGCCCGCGGCUCUGCACCUCCCUCAGGUCAAAUGGUCCGAGCCCCUUCCAAACUGCGCAUAACCCGCAAUGCAACGGUAGGGAGCAUGCGCAGUGGCCCCUACUUGCGUGGUAGAGACGGCAACCGCGACCAAGGCAAUCGGCGAGGCGGCCCCAACAACCGCGGCGAUGGAGGCCCCAAAAAGCGCGAGAAGAACAAGUCCUCUGGCUCCGCCCCACAACGCACAACCAUCGCAGACAUCAAUCCCGCAACCACUUUAUCAGACGGUAUGGUACAUCAUCUACUGCGCCUGCAGAGGAAGGAGUGGGAUCGCGUGCCGUACGAGCCCAAGUAUGCGACGGGCAGUUUUGCGGCGAAUGAGUUGAUACACGCCGGAAGGGAGCUGUUCAAGGGAGAGGCUCCUCCUGUCAAGAUAUGGGGGAGCCUAGAGAAGAGAAUCGGUGUUGUGGGCAUGUUCGGUGCGGAGGCGCAUUUGAAGAUUAGAAGGGUAGGGGAUGGAGAUGCUGAGGCUUUUGGGGAGGAGGUGCUCGAGGUAGAGGACGAUGCCAAGGAGACAGAGACUGAAGGGGUGAAGAGGGCUACUGUACAAUAA